AUGAGGCUGUGGCCCUGCCCCAUAAAUAAUGUGUACAUCACACCCUACGCGCUCCCAGCUGGCAUACAUGUCAUUGUGCACCGUGCGUAAAACAUCAGGAGCAAAAAAGCUCUGGAUAUCUGUUGGAUGCAUUCCUUUUUUUUUCACUUUCUAAAACGACAUCUUCCUUCAGCAAGUGUCGGCUUGCAGAUGAGUUUUCUUCAAGCCAUUCCAGGACGGCUAAAGAUGGAUUAUAUUGUUGGACUUCAGCUGGACUGACACAUGUUUGAUUCACCUUGUUUACCUCCUGAACAAUACCACCGCGUCUCAUGUAUUGUAUGCAGAGUGUUUACAAUCGGCUCCUCUUCACUGGCUAAGAGCCAGUCUCCAAAUUAAACUAUAUUUCCCAAAAUGAAUUUCGACCAGAUCCUCUCUGCCAUCGGGGGCUUCGGUAAAUAUCAGAAGAUUUUGUACAUAUGGAUUUGUUUACCCCAGAUCCUUCUCGCCUUCCACAUGAUGGUGAGCAUCUUUACCGGAGCCACGCCACCCUAUCUCUGCCGAGAGAACUCGAGCUCAGUAGCCGGGAAUCAGUCCUCAAUCCCCGCUGUACUCACCCUAAAUAUCAGCCUCUCGGAUUCCUCCUGCUUCUCUUCAGAUGUCUCCCUGCAAGGCAACAUGACUGAGCGCGUCCCGUGUGGCCAAGGAUGGGUGUACAGCAAGGAGAUUUUCCAGAGUACAACAGUCACCGAGUGGAACCUGGUGUGCGACAAAGCUAAACUGAACAGUGUCGGUUCGUCGAUCUACAUGUUUGGCCUGUUGGUGGGAUCUGUGGUGUUUGGAGCCAUGGCUGACAGGUACGGCCGACGUUUCAUCCUGCUGCUGUCCAUCGCUCUUCAGACUGUGUUUGGAGUCGCUGUGGCCUUUGCACCCAACUUCCCUGUAUAUGUGAUUCUUCGCUUUGUAGUUGGCACCACCAUAUCUGGAGUCAUCAUCAAUGCCUUUGUACUUGGCACUGAAUGGACGUGCACCAAGAGGCGCAUGCUUGCCGGUAUUAUCACAGACUACGCAUUUGGUCUGGGCUAUAUGUCACUAGCUGGCAUUGCAUACAUGAUACGAGACUGGAGAAAGCUGCAACUGGCUAUAUCAGCUCCGGGUUUCCUGCUCAUCUUCUAUAUAUGGGUGGUUCCUCAGUCUGCCAGAUGGCUGCUGGCCAACGACAGGAGGGAGGAAGCCAUUGCACUCCUUCGCAAGGCAGCGCUUGUUAAUGGCCGGGUCUUACCUCCCACUGUACAGGUCGAUAAGAUUGUAGCUGGAGGGAAGCAAAGUCAUUCAGCAGUGGAUCUCGUGCGGACACCUCAGAUGAGGAAGAGGGCUAUCAUCCUGUUUUACAUCUGGUUUGUGAAUGUGCUUGUGUAUUAUGGUCUUUCACUGGGUGUGUCCAGGCUGGGGACAGACCUCUACUUGACCCAGUUUGUGUACGGGUUGAUUGAGAUCCCGGCUCGUUCUCUCGUCCUGCUUGUCUUGCCCUUCAGUCGCCGACUUGCUCAAAGUGGAUUUCUGGCUGUUGGAGGGCUUGCCUGUCUGCUAAUGCUCGCUGUCCCUGCAGAGCAUUCUAAUGUCCUGAUGGGUCUUGCCAUGGUAGGGAAGUUUGGCAUAACAGCGUCCUUCGCUGUUAUCUAUGUGUACACUGCUGAGCUGUUUCCAACUGUGCUUCGGCAAACAGGAGUGGGGGUGUCCUCUAUGUUUGCAAGGAUGGGCGGUGUGUUAGCACCCAUAAUAAACAUGCUGCACAACCACAGCCCUGCUACACCUCUGGUCAUCUUUGGCACCUCCCCGCUGCUGGGUGCUGUUCUGGCCCUGGCACUGCCCGAAACUGCAGACAGACCUCUUCCUGACACAGUGGAGGACGUAGAAAAGCAGGACAUGAGAUCUCCCAACAAGGAGAACCCUGAGAUGUCUGUGGAUAUUAACCAAUCAGCCAGCAGCACAGAGGAGCAGGAGCUACGACAUCUAGCAAGCCAGGCCUAGGCGUGCACGUGAAAGGAUUCACGCAUUAGUCACAUUUUAUAAAGCCUUAACCAGAUACAGUAGUUAAUAUAACAUCCUCUAUGCAAAUACAUCAGGACCCGAUUAAAGAAAGAAAGCCAAACACAUUUCAAGACAUAUCUUGUAUACCCAGUUUCAGAGCUUUCUAAUGCACCUGUGCUGAUUUGAAGAAUCAACAAGACAAGAAGAGAAGGCUGCCACUACUUCUCUAACAAUACUGUAGUCCUGUUAAGCAGCUAUUCUUAAGACUUCAUGUUUUUAAGGACUAAAGCAUUUAUUACAUUUUGUGCAUUUCAUAAA